UAAAAAUUUUGAUAAAAAUGAAUGAAACAUUUUUAAAAACUACUUUUAUUCUGGCACUAGUUACUUUUGUUAUAACAAAAGGAGAUGAGCAAGCUGAACAGGCUGAACAACCAGUUAAACCACCAAGUGUCGAAGAAUGCACUAAAAUUAUGGAAUCAAAUGAAUUAUACAAAUUUGAUGAUUGCCUAUGCAUGCAGGAUCUAGAUAUAUGCAAAUAUUCAGCAGUCGUGCACAAAAUAUGUGAGAAGGAUACUCUCUUGAAUUAUUUUAAAAAUUUUUCAACUUGUGAUGUUGUAUUAAAGGAAUGUGCUUCCGCUAAUAUAAACGACUGUUCAAAAGAAAUGUGUGAAUGUUUCACAACGUUCAUCACAUGCAUGACUGAAAAGAAAUGUACACCGCUGCCAACGAAAUCGCAUAGAAGAGUCCGCAAUUUUGGAUCUGUUCAUGGUUUCGGCGAUUUUGUUAGAGGAAAUGUCGCAAAAGUUGCCGACGAUUUAAAUAGAGAAGAUUAA